AUAAUCUAUGCCUUAUCCUACCACGUUAACUUCUUUAUCGUGUCCUACAAUCCAGCAACUAUUACUAUUGUCAUAACUUGUAAUAGGUAUCUUUGAUCUGCCAUCUAUAUUCCUGUGCCCUAUAUUCUGACUAUUUACUAAUAAUUGCUGAUAGGUUAUAUUCUUUUGGCCCAUACGUUUCACGAAAGGACUUCAAGACGACUGCCAUGACGAAUUUGAACGGUGUGUUGACACCGCCGUCAACACCAUCGCCCAACCUGCUGCAGAUGAAUAUGGCCCGCGAGAGGGAGAAAUACUUGGAGGAGUAUAACUUCCCAUUUUGUGAAGCUGCCACCAAGUUCGAAAAACUGGCAAAGAUUGGUCAAGGCACAUUUGGUGAAGUGUUCAAAGCACGAGAGAAAAAAAAUCCUAAAUUUACAGUUGCUAUGAAAAAAAUUCUAAUGGAAAAUGAAAAAGAAGGAUUUCCAAUUACUGCUCUAAGAGAAAUUCGAAUAUUACAACUAUUAAAACACGAUAAUGUAGUAAGUCUAUUGGAAAUCUGUCAAACUAGAGCCACUCAGUUUAAUCGUUAUCGUUCUACAUUUUAUUUGGUGUUUGAAUUCUGUGAACAUGAUUUGGCUGGCUUGCUAUCAAAUACUAAGGUGAAGUUCAGUAUUGGAGAGAUUAAGCAAAUAAUCCAACAAAUGCUCAAUGGUCUCUACUAUAUACACAGCAACAAAAUUUUGCAUCGUGACAUGAAAGCAGCAAAUGUUUUGAUCACAAAAACUGGAACAUUAAAAUUAGCUGAUUUUGGUCUUGCCAGAGCGUUCAGUGCUCAGAAAAAUGGUCAACCAAAUAGGUAUACCAAUCGAGUCGUAACAUUAUGGUAUCGACCUCCCGAGUUGCUGCUUGGCGAUCGUAAUUAUGGUCCGCCUGUAGACUUAUGGGGAGCUGGAUGCAUUAUGGCUGAAAUGUGGACUCGUAGUCCAAUCAUGCAGGGUAAUUCUGAGCAACAACAAUUAACUUUGAUUUCUCAACUAUGUGGUUCAAUAAGUCCAGAAGUCUGGCCUAAAGUUGAAUCUUUAGAUCUAUACAAUCAAUUGGAAUUAGUCAAAGGACAAAAACGAAAGGUGAAGGAACGAUUAAAGCCCUACGUGCGUGAUCCAAUGGGUUGUGAUCUAUUAGAUAAACUCUUGGUAUUAGAUCCAGCCAAGAGAUUUGAUGCCGAUUCAGCUUUAAACCAUGACUUCUUCUGGACAGAUCCUAUGCCAUGCGAUCUAUCUAAAAUGUUGUCUCAACAAACACAAAGUAAUUUUGAAUAUUUGGCUCCACGCAGACUCAAUAAUCACCAGUCAUCUGCUAUGCGACCAGCUUCAACCGUUCCAAGUCAAGGGACUUCUACAUCUGCUACUUCAGGUUUUCAUGAACGUGUUUUCUAGCGCAAGUGAAAGGCAGCUUAUGCGGCCACUUACAACUAUAACUUUUUUUACAUUUUUAUAGUUUUUCCUUACAUUAGUUAAGAUUUAUUUAUGUUUAAAUAAAAGAGCUAAUUCUGUAUAUCAUUAUUGUUAUUAUUGGUUUACAUUUAAUUAUAAGUUCUGUAGCUAUAAACUGACUUUAAAAUUAAUAUAAAAUGUUUAUUUUAUUCUGUAUUUAAAUAUUAAUACAGUGUUAAAUUAAUAAUAGUUGUUAUUAUUUUUAAUUGGUUUGGAAUGGAAAUUACUAUUUUAUAUAUUAAUUAUAUAUAGAUACAUUUUCAUUAAUUAAUGCAUUUUUUAACAUCAGUAAUAAUGUGUAAUCGGCUGUACAAUUUUUAAAAUGAAAAAUAUUAUGUCAUCUGUCUAAAUUUGUUUCUUUAUAAAUUUUAUGUGGUAGGUAAUAGGUAGUCAUUUUUAAAAUUUUAUUUGGAUUGUAAACAUUUAAUUUGAAUGCAUUAUCCAGUUAAUUAAUCAUAAUUGCUUAUAUUAAUAUAUAAGUAAAUUAUAAGAAAGUAUUUGUACAGGCAUUUUAUAUUAUAUUAAUUAAUAACUAUUAAUUUUACUCUAUUUUAUAAGCUGACAUUUUUUUAAGAAUUAUUUAAUUUGUAUUUGUAUGUUGUGUCCUUUCCAGACAACUAUGUCAUGGUUUUUUUUAACUACAACUAUAUAGCUUGUAAAAUACUAAUGCAAGUGAUAACCGUAUAUAAUAUUUAUAUGUAUAUGGUUAAUGCUCAAUGAACAAGUAUAUUAGAUGUUUACGUGUAUGUAUCAUGAAUAUCCUUGAAAUUUCUAAAUAAAAUUACUUUGAACUUUCAA